AUGGUCUCCAUCUUCGUUAACUGGCUGCUGGUCGCCUUAACACUGGUCUCGGUAUCACCGAGCGAAUUUGGCGCCGCACGAAGAGCGACAAUUAAACGCAUCCCUUCGCAGGUCGCCACCGGGGACAUACAGGCCUUCUCCACCUCCAACCAAGCCGGCCUCGACGCUCCUCGCCUCUCGGCUGUCAACGCCAGCUCCUUCAACUGGUGGUACUUUGACGCCUUCUCCCCGGAUCUCGACAAAUCUCUCGUCGUCGUCUUCUUCACCACGCUCGGCUCCGCCUUCCCAUUCGUGCCCACGUCGGAGGUCGUCACCCAGGUGGAGAUCUACGCUACCUUUCCCACGGCACCUUCGCCGGCAACGUCGGGGGACUUUGUCGGGUCCGGAGCGAAGUUCCAGGGCGCCCCGGACCUGAGCACGUACUCCAUCUCGGUCGACUCGCCGGCGAACGGCAUCUCCAACACGAUUCCCGAUGCAGAAGGCACGGUCGACUUUACCAUCUUCGGUAGCAGGCUGAAGUUCUCGGGCGCGGCCUACCACGACCAAAACUGGGGCGAUGCACCUUUCCCGACCACCGUCGCGAGCUGGUACUGGGGCCACGCGCGUCUCGGCCCCUACGCCCUCGUCUGGUUCUCCUACCUCCCGCGCGCCGGCCCGGAACGAGUCAGCUCCUACAUCGCCCACGACGACGGCACGGUCCUCGCCGCCGGCUGCACCGCCGACGCCGUGCGGGUGCGACCCACGGGGCAGUACCCGCCGACCCAGCGCUCGGGCUACCCGAGCGGCUUCCGAGUGGAUUUCAGGCUGGCGGACGGCCGGACGUUGAACGUGACGGUGCGCGCCGAGAGCUUGAUUGCGGAUGCGGGGGCCGUGUAUGGGCGGUGGAUGGGGGGUGUGGAGGGGAGGCUGGAUGGCGGCCGGAUGAUCACGAGGGGCAAGGCCCUCUUUGAGCAGUACGUUAUGGUGGCAUAG